AUGGAUAAUCCUCCAAGUUUUAGUUUAGGAAUUACUCAGUUAGAUGCAACUGUACAAGAUAUUCCACUUGAAUUUGUUCCUGCCACAUUUGAUGAACAGGAUCCUGAUUGGGUAGAGAAUCGAUCAAAGCACAGAAACGACCCCGUUACAAUGAAUAAAUUGACGGAUAAGGCUGCUUCUAAAUCGAAGAAGUCUACUUCAAAAGCAAGUAAAAAGAAAUUUGAUGAUUCCGGCCGACCACGUCUGCCGAAGGGCAUGAAAUACCGAAUUGAUAAAGUCCCACCACACCUAUUGCAUAUGGGGAGCUUAUGUAACUGUGCUUUCGGAAAAAGGAUAAAGGAAUAUUUUGGAGAGAUUGUACUGGGAGCAUUUAGAAAUACAAUUUUUGGCAUAUUUCUGAAUUUGCCAUGGUGCAACUAGAUAGGACAGAUUUCAAAGUGCCCUACUCAUGCUUAAAAUUCAACAGGAUAACAAAGACGAGCCUCAUGUUUGGGUACAAGGGGAAAUCCUCAAAUUUAUAAUGCUUGAAUUCGCCAUUAUAAGCGGUCUGAAGUGUACCGAUAAUAUUAAUGAUUAUAUGUAUACUUCAUCAUCUAAAUAAGCUUUGAUAUCGAGGUAUUUUUCCAACAAUAAAGGAUCAAUAACUCGUUCAAAACUGAUAACACGAGUGCAGAAUGGAAACUUUGAUAACGCUGAAGACGCUCUGAACCUGGCGAUAUUGUUCUUUGUUCAUACAUUCAUGUUUUCUCAGAAUAAGGAAGCACCAAUCAGUGUUGCGCACUUUCAAAUUAUUGAGGACGGUCGGUAUAUUCACUUUCCAUGGGGGAAGGUCGCAUUUGAAAAGUUAAUGAGUUCCUGGCAGCAGGAUUUCAACACUGU